GCCUCUUGGUUCCCUUCUCAGCCCCCCUCCCGCUGCACGUGACCCCGGGGGCGGGGGCGCGCGCGCGCGCUGCUGCACCUGUCAGUCAGCGCGUCACUUCCGCCAGUCGCUGCUGCCGCCGCCGCUGCUAAUCCGUUGGGGACCCUACUAGCCCAGGAGCUCCAGCUACGGAGGGGCCCGCGGGUCAGAUUGUGUCGGGGCCGGGCUGCUGCUUCGUGCUCGGCAGCAGCUGCAGCUGUGGAAGGAGGAAAAGCCGAGGAAAGCGGCGGGGCCCACACCGGCCCCCGGGGUAGAAAGAGGCGGAGGAACCUGCUGCUGCUGCUGCUGAAAACGGCGGGGAGGGAAAGUCAUCACCUGGCAACGAUUAACUGCUGAAGUACUGAUCGAAUUCUGCUCUUCUUCAAUGAGGAACUACCGGCUGAUCUUCUGCCAUAAUCUCAAACAACCGUAAAUGACAAAAGAAUGCUUGGUCAGUGAGGGCAGCUGGCGUAGAAAAUAUUUUUUAAACUUGGGUGUUUAAGUACUCUGAGAAAAGACAGCUUUGAUUUUUGGCUGCAAAAAGAUAUGAGGAAGAGCUCCUCCCCUUCCUUGAGUAACUGCAACUCUGUUCUAGCUAACAAAAUAUUUGGAAUUCCACUUGAUGAGCUGCAGCAAGAAGGGCAACCAGACAAUGAGGUUCCAUUCAUAGUCCGCCAUGUUGUGGACUAUAUUGAGGAACAUGGAGGUCUGGAACAAGAAGGACUUUUUCAAGUCAAUGGGAAUGCUGAGACAGUGGAGUGGCUUCGGAAAAGAUAUGAUAAUGGAGAAGACGUGGACUUGGUUAAAGAAGCAGAUGUACCCUCAGCUAUUAGCCUUCUUAGAUUUUUUCUUCAAGAACUUCCAGAGCCGGUGAUCCCAGGCAGCUUGCAUAUUCAUUUGAUGCAACUUUCUCAAGAUUAUAAUAACGAAGAUGAAUUUGGAAGAAAGUUGAGGUUCCUCUUGCAGCAGCUUCCGCCUGUUAAUUACAGUUUGUUAAAGUUUCUGUGUAGAUUUUUAGCCAAUGUAGCAUCGCAUCAUGAAGAAAUUUGGUCUGCGAGUUCUUUGGCUGCAGUCUUUGGUCCAGAUGUUUUCCACAUUUACACAGAUGUGGAGGAUCUGAAAGAGCAAGAAAUAGUUAGCAGAAUAAUGGCGGGACUUCUGGAGAACUACUAUGAAUUCUUUGAAAAUGAAGAGGAAGAUUUUUCAUCUACUAAUGAUUUAAGUUCAAUAACUGAGCAGAUAAAUGAUCUCUUGGAGGAGGAGGAAGAGGAUAUAAAGCUUGAGCAAACUGAAGAACUUCCAGAAGAUAGCACAGAGAAACCUGAGGAAAAGCCAGAUAUGGUACAUGAUAUGACAGAGAGCAUCUUGGACUCCAGCAGUGUUACAGCAUCAACGAGUGCUCAUCUCUCUCCCAUAAGCAUCUUACCAGCCUCUGCAGACAUUUUAGAAAGAACAAUUAGAGCAGCUGUGGAGCAGCACCUUUUCGAUCUGCAGAGCAGCAUAGAUGAUGAUCUUAAGAAUUUACAGCAACACCGACUGGUCUGUAACAAUGAAGCAAAAAAUAUUAAUAGAGAUGAGGAAGGAUCUAACAACCAGGAUGAUGUUACUAAAGAUAAUGGUAUUAAUAGCAGUGAGAAUACUAGAGACUGCUUUGAAACGUUGGCUUGCACUGAUUUAGACAGUGCAGUUAUACAGCCUGAUUCUGUAUCUGAGGAAGAAGAAAAUGAUCAGACUGUUGGCAUAUUGUUGAAGCCAUGUAAUGAAGAUGCAGAAGUUGAUGAAGAAAACAACAGUGAAAGGCAAGAUUGUGAAUCAGUUGAUGAUAAUGAUAAAAUGUCUUCACAAUUGGUUCUGGAUUCUAGUAGCAAGAUUUGUGACCUGAAUGCAAACACUGAAUCAGAAAUAUCAGGAGAUGGAAGUGUUAAUGUUCUUGAGGAAGCAAUAUGUAUCCAAGUACCACAUCUAGAUCUGAAGAAUGUAUCUGAUGGUGACAAAUGGGAAGCGUCAUGCCCUAUCACUUUCCCCCUCAUUGAUUUCAAAACAAUGCAUCUGCAGAGAGAAGGGGAGGAGCCAUUUCCUGCCUUUAAAUCUUGGCAGGAGGACAGUGAAUCUGGAGAAGCUCAGCUUUCCCCACAAGCUGGAAGAAUGAAUAGUCAUCCUUUGGAGGAGGACUGUCACCCAGUGUUGUCGCAUCGUAGUUUGGAUUUUGGACAAAGCCAGCGUUUCUUGCAUGAUCCAGAAACAUUAGACUCCUCAUCAAAAGCACUUUCUUUUGUUAGAACACGAAGAGCAUCCUUUAGUUCAAAAGAUGACAGAAGGGAAGACAGGACACCAUAUCAGCUGGUCAAGAAGUUGCAGAAAAAGAUAAGACAAUUUGAGGAACAAUUUGAAAAGGACAAAAAUAGUAAACCCUCCUAUAGUGAUAUUGCAGCCAAUCCAAAGGUUUUAAAGUGGAUGACAGAGCUUACCAAACUGAGAAAACAAAUAAAAGAUGAAAAGCACAAAUGCUCAGAUGGAGAAUUCAUACCUCAAACACGUCCACGAAGUAACACUCUUCCAAAAAGCUUUGGCUCUUCUCUUGACCAUGAAGAUGAAGAAAAUGAAGAUGAACCCCGGGUUAUGCAGAAAGAGAAGAAGCCUACGAAGGAGGCUACGCUUGAACUCAUUUUGAAAAGACUGAAGGAGAAACGAGUUGAAAGAUGCUUGCCAGAAGACAUAAAAAAAAUGACAAAAGACCAUUUGGCAGAAGAGAAAACAUCUCUCCAAAAAAGUCUUCUGUACUAUGAAAGUCAACAUGGACGGCCGGUUACUAGAGAAGAAAGGCAUAUUGUUAAACCUCUCUAUGAUAGAUACAGACUUGUGAAACAAAUGUUGACUAGAGCAAGCAUUACUCCCAUCCUUGGGUCACCAUCAACUAAGAGGCGGAGUCAGAUGCUACAGCCCAUUAUAGAAGGGGAAACUGCCCACUUCUUUGAAGAAAUUAAGGAAGAAGAGGAGGAUGGUGAUGGUUUGUCAUCAGAAUUUAAUGAUAUCUUAAAAACUGCUGUCCAAACACAGUCUAUUUCAAGCCCAGCUGAAAAUUCGGAGUCUGAUCUUGAAGAAGGUCAAGAAAAGCUGACUCGGGACCUCCGACUAUCAAGUAUCCGAGCAGCUUCUAUGCCUGAAUUAUUAGAGCAACUUUGGAAAGCCAGAGCUGAAAAAAAGAAGUUACGCAAAACUUUACGAGAAUUUGAAGAGGGGUUUUAUCAACAGAAUGGGAGGAACGUACAGAAAGAAGAUCGGGCUCCAAUGCUUGAUGAGUACAGGGAGUACAAGAAAAUUAAGGCCAAGCUCAGGCUUUUAGAAGUCCUUAUCAGCAAACAAGAUUUUUCGAAAUCAAUAUAGAUUGUUCCUUAAAAACACUGAAUAACAUCAUGUUUCCUCAUACUACCAUAGUACUUAUCAGGUGCUUGUGUUCAUUUUGUCAUGCACUGUUGAAAGAACCCAGAUUGUGCACUUUAUUAUGGUGCCACUAUAAAAUGUUUGAAGGGUAAGUAGGUCCUGUCUAGAGAGCAAAUAAAAUGUUCUAAAUUAAGAGACUGCCCUGUCCAACUUUAGCAAACACAUAGUUUCCUUCAACGUUUUAUAUUACAGAUGCAUCUUGUUUCAGAAAGACUAUAGAAUUUUGUCCUUUAAGCAUUCAAGAACUUUGGAGAGUCAGUUUUUUGUUAUCAACUUUUUGUUAUUACCAGCUGUUUGCAUUACUGAAGAAAUUAAGGUAUAUAUCUAUAUCUUAAUGCUACACUCAACUACUCCUGUUGCCUUUUAUUAUGGAAAACAUGACAAAAAAUUCCACACACAACUCUUUUCCUGGAAUACCAAAAGUGAACAGAAAUUCCUUUCAAAGAACUGCUGUGGAACACUUUGUUUGAUUUCUGGUAUUCUAAAUUACAUCUGUCACAUGGUAAUAUGUAUUAUGAUCAAUGGAUUUUGCUACUUAGAGGUCACAUUUCCUCAUCGAUAAGGAUGACAAUGGACAAACCAGAAAGUGACCUUGCUUAGUGUACUUUUAAAACUUGGAAAAACUGAACAGUUAUAUCACAUGCUGCCUACAGGACUUAUGUUACUGUUGUUCAUUUUAUCAGUUAUUGUUUAUCAAAUAGUGGUCACAUAGUGUUUUGUCUGAAUUGGAUACUGCAUCUCACCCUGCAGAAAAUUUGAGAAACAAAAUAAACAUUUCAGUUUAUGGGAAAUCUGGUGGUGCUCAGACAUUUACAGCUCCAGCAGAUAAGAGCUGGCUUAGGUCAAUUACAUAAUUUUGCUGUAUCUGAAACAAAUUUAUGAAGGGCUAAAAUCACUGUAGUUAAAAUGCACCUGAGAAUGGACAGUGUCCGUCUUAGUGGGGAAAAAUUACUGCUGUAUAUCACAAUGUGUUAUGCAGCUGGGGAACAAAAAUAAGUGGUUUAACCCUUGUGAUGUAAGCAAAUAGUACAUGGGCCUUGCAUGAUUCAGCUUCAGAACUGAUACUAAAACAAUGUUUUGAUUAUCACAUCCACUGUGUUGAAUGAUUAUUUAGCUUGCUUAUGCUACACAAUACAACAGCCAUCAACAAUGGUUUUUGAUUCGGCAAAAACUGUUAAUUUUAACUGGUGCUUUAUGGAUUUUUCAGUGUGCAUCAGCUGUUUGUGGCUAUGUUUUGCAUGCACCUCCUCUCACUGCAUGUUUUUAUGACUGGCUAAUGCCAACACAGAUAUUAUUCACACUGCUUAAAAAAAAAGACCAAAAAUGAAUUUUUUUUCACAAAGUUACUAAGAACUGACUAGCAUGUAACCUCCUAGAUUAGUAGUUCUGUCAUGUAAACAUAUGGAGUAUGUUCAGAAUGGGAUUUCUAGUGCAGCAGGUCAUCUGCGUGGUAUAAAAUACCUUUUUUUUUUUUUUUUUAAACCGUGAUUAUUGGCACGUAACUUUGGAAUUUGGAAGAAAGAACUAAAGUAGUUGCGCAGUGGUGGGUUUGCCUUUUUAUACAGCAAGCUGAUUUUUAGUGGACCCUAGAGAAUUGUGAGGUUAAACUAAUCUUGAGACCAUUUAUCAAUUUUAUUCAUCUCCAUUGUGCAAUGUGCACUUCAGUUAUUUUUCUUCAGUCUGCAGACGCGGGUGUAUCCAAACAUCGAAACUAAUGUGUACUGUAUGGUGUUGUACAAGAAUGUUUGUGUUUUAUAUAUACCACAUGCAAAAUGUCAAUAUGCACUAUUUAAAUGUUUUAAAUAAUAUAUUCCUCCUUUAUAAUGCUUAAAUCUAUAUGAUUCCAAUAUUUUUAUAAGUGAGUGAAUGAUCAGACUGGUUCCAAUUCAGAAUUAACAGCUGCUUUGUGUGUGUUAUGCAGUGUUUGGCUGUUUAUUCAGUAUAGUAGAUAAGCAUGGCAACAGUUAUGCUACAAGUGUGUUUUGUGCCAUCCUUGUUGAGCAAUAAAUAAAUGGUAGAAUUAGGCAUUUUGUGAUAUAACAUAGUUUUACUUUGGUACAAGUAAAAACUAAUAUAUCUAUAUAUCAAUAUAUAGAUAUAUGUAUAAAUAUAUAUAAAUAAACCAGAUAUAAUUGCAUUGCUAUGUCUGGCAUUCAUUGUAUAAACUUUUAUAAUAAAAGUACCUUAACCUGUA